UGGUGCAAUGGACCAUGCAUCCUUGGGAAAGAGAUGCUCGCAUGGCAAGGAAGGCUUUGGACGGACACCCUCAAGCAUAUGGCUUACUCAUUGAACUUGCAUGCACCAGAUCAUCAGACGAGCUCUUGGGAGCUAGGAAAGCAUACCAGUCCCUCUACGGUGAAUCCAUCGAGGAAGACGUUGCUUCCCGAGUUGAAGGCAUCGAACGCCAGCUUUUGGUAGCACUUGUAAGUACGUACAGAUAUGAAGGAUCACGAAUUAAUGAUGUGGUGGUUAGAGCAGAGGCUAUGAAACUUGGUAUGAUCAUUAAUAGACAUUUUGAUAAGAAGAAGCUAUUCAAAGAUGAAGAAACUGUAAGGAUUCUAGCAACAAGAAGCAAGCCUCAUCUCAAGACCGUCUUCAAAUGUUACAAGGAAACUUUUAACAAGAACAUUGAAGAGGAUCUUGAUGAGACAAGUUUGAAGGACACAAUUUAUUGCUUGUAUGCUCCUUCGAUGUAUUUCAGUAAGAUUUUAGAUUCGGCAAUGAAAGCUAACGCAAAUGAGGAUGAAAAAGAAGCCCUAACUCGAGUUAUUGUAACCCGAGCCAAUGUUGAUAUAAAGGACAUUGCUGAGAAAUAUAAUAAGCAAUAUGGAACUCCUCUGACCAAGAAGAUUGAAGAUGUAGCUCUUGGAAAUUAUAAAGAUUUCUUGGUCACAUUGGUCCAAAGAGCUGGUUAAUGGAAGUGAUUAAAAAUGCUUGUCUUGAUGAACUUGUUCUUUUUCUUUGAAUCAAACUCUACUUAUGCUUUAUUUUCCUAUGUUUGUGAGAGCAAUGUGUAAUAAUAAGU